CGCAUAACACAUCAGUCGCAUGGCCUCGACAGCGACGUCCGCGCUCGAGGCGCAGCGCCGCCGGCUCCUCGCCGAGCGCGACAAGAUGCGCUCCAAGGCCAAGCCGCGCGCGACCUCGUCCUCGUCGGCGCCGCCGCCCUUUCUGCAGCCGCGCACGCUCUCUGCCGGCCCGCCCGGUCUCUCGAUCGGCGACGCCGACGACGCGCCGUCGGUGGCCGACCUCAAAUUGUUCGUCGACCACCUCUCGCCAGCGACGACGCCGAGCCAUGGCAUGCGCCCGCCAUCCAUGGCUCUUGUCGACCGCGCUGGCCAUGCGUUCUGCUUUCAGCGCGAUGCGUUCGUCGCGUGGGUCCUCCAGUACAUGCACGCGCUUCCCGUGUCGUUGGCGGUCAAGCGGUCGCCGCCGCCGAUCCUGCUCAACCAUCUUGUGCGCGCACAGCUCGUCUCGGACAUAAGCGACGGCUGGUACAGCCUCCGCGCGCCGCCCACAGAGGUCGCGUGCUCUAUGCCGUCCAAGGCCGUCCUCGCGCAGCAGUUGCUCGAGAUGGACGUCGCCAAGGAACUCGCAAGAGACAUCUCAGUUGUGCUGCAGCCGCCGUCAACCACAGACGAGGCGAUGCGGGACGACAUGCCGCGGCUCACGUUUGGACUCUGCAUUACGCUCCGCGACACGACCUGGACCAUCCAGCGCUGCAUUGGCCAGUUUGCCCGCAUGUACGCCAAGGCGCGUGAGAGCAUGGACCUGCCGCCCUUCGCGGGCGUCCGCCUCGAGCACGCACGACUCGUCGACGUCCACGACGAGCUCAACGGCAUUUUGCAACGCGUCGUGCGGGCGUCUGGGCCCUGGGCGCACGCCGACUUUACGACCUUCUUUGACAAUAGCCUGGGCUACCUCGCGCUCUUGACGAACACCAAAGCCUUGCACGACCGAUUGGAUGGGAGCGCGACAACGAUCGCGGCGCUCACCGCGCAGCUCAAGCAGCUCGAAGCGACCGUGGGCCGGCAGUCGACGCUGAUCCAUACGCUCUCCAGCUCCAAGCCCGCGACCGCGACCAAGUCGUUUAGCGCGUUCGAGUCGGGCGCCUUUCCGUCGCUAUUGCUGCCGUCGAACGGCGACACGUACUCGUCAUGCGCUGUCUGGGAAAACACCACCAACGGGCUCUUCUCCGCAUCCCGGCACUCGACACAUGGGCCGUCGACGUCGAUGGCAGCGUGUGCAGCGACCGCGGCGUGCGCGUGGGUCCCGGCCAACACGCUUCCGUGCGCCGUGGACAUGCGUCUCGGACGCAUCGUGUCGAUGCUUGCGCCGACACCCAGCGCCGUGUGCCACCGAUUCAAAGCGUGCAACGUCGUCGCGUCCAUGGUCAAGCGUGUCCUGGGAGCCCAGGCGUUCGUGACGGGCGUGUCGGCGGCGCGCAUGUUCUUGCCCGACUGCCAGCUCAAGAUGAGUGUCUUCUUACCGCCGCCGCACAGUAGCAGUAGCAGCAAUACGACGCCAAGUGACAAGCCGCUGUGGUACAUGAAGCUCAACGAAGCGCUCUGCGUCGCGUCGUCGAGUGCGCCGUGCGCCGACGACCUCAUGAUUCGCAACGUCGAGCUGGUCCACGACACGAGUGCGCCCAAGCUCCGCUGCUGCGUCGGGAAGGUCUCGGUGCUGAUCGACUAUGGCGCCGUCCAUGACGUGCGCAAUGCGUGCUUUCUCGAAGCCAUGGACCGUCUCAUUGGGAAGAACCACCUCUUCAAGCGCAGUGUCCUCCUUGCGCAAGGCUGGCUCGUCUACGAGAGCGGCACGAACGUCUCGAUCACCGACUACAAGCUCUCGGCGCUGCUCUCGACGCACACGGUCGCCGUCCUCAUGCUCUACGUCUUCAACCUCUUCCACACGUCGCUGCACCACCCGCUCCAGGCCGUCGGUCGCUUCUUUGGCACGUACAGCUCGUUUCCGUGGGACGAUUUCUGCGUCUCGAUCGAUGGGCCGCGCGACCUCUCGUGCCUUCUCAAGGCGCCCAAGCCGCCGUGCCACGCCCGCGAUUUGCUCUUGCAGCCCGCGACGCUGCAAGAGUUUCGGUCCUGCCAUCUCGCGACGACUGCGCCAGACGACUAUGACGCCGAGAUGCAAAACAAGAUGCUGCGGUUUGAGGUCAAGUCGUUCAACGUCAUGGACCCAUUGGACCCCGCUUCGAACCUCGGUGGCAACGUCACCGCAAAAGAGUACGUGAUUUGUUGGGGCAUUGUUGAGAUAUUCGAGUCAAACUGA